AUGGAGUCCUUCGUUUACAGUCCCCUGCCUCACAAAAUCAUCUUUGGCCGUGGUUCAACCAGGCAACUUCCGCAGUGUCUUCGGGAACUUGGAUUUCGUCGUCCUUUGGUACUCUCCACACCAUACCAGAUCGACCAAGCGAGGCAGAUCACUGAGAUUCUGAAGUCUCAUGUAGAUGAUACUUCCAUCUUCUCCGAGGCUACCAUGCACACUCCCUUGGGCAUUACUGAGAAGGCUCUACGCUUCUGUCAAGACAAAGGGUCAGAUGUGCUCAUUUCAAUCGGAGGUGGCAGUACCACUGGCCUUGGAAAGGCUAUCAGCUUCCGCAAAGAUCUUUACCACAUUGCAAUUCCUACUACAUAUGCUGGUAGUGAAGUGACUCCCAUCCUCGGAGAGACUGUUGAUCGCAUCAAAACAACCCAGACCAAUAUUUCAAUUCUCCCAAAGACUGUCAUCUACGAUGUCGACUUGACCCUCACGCUUCCUCUGCCUAUGUCACUCACGAGCAUUAUCAACGCUCUCGCGCACGGCGUUGAAGCUCUUUACGCGCCUAAUAUCAACCCCAUCGUCAGUCUUAUGGCUAUCGAGGGCGUGAGGGCACUCGCAAGAGGAGCAGUGCAAUUGCUAGAUGAUCCCGACUCUAUCCCCGCUCGAUCUACGUGUCAAUAUGGAGCCUGGUUGUGCGGAACAUGCUUGGGUAGUGUGGGAAUGUCUCUCCAUCAUAAGCUCUGCCACACUUUAGGUGGUUCGUUCAAUCUACCCCAUGCUGAGACGCACACAAUUGUCCUCCCGCACGCGUUGGCGUACAACGCACCCAAAGUCCCUAAAGCCAUGGAAGCCCUCGCUAGUGCCUUUCCAACUAGUAACGGCGAUGCUCUCCACGGGCUUAAUAGCCUGCUCAACAGGCUGGGUGUUCCCCGUAGUCUGGGAUCCAUAGGAUUCCAAGAGGCUGAUAUUGAUAAGGCGGCUGAUAUUGCUGUCAGCAAGUCUUAUCCUAACCCAAGAGAUAUUGAUAGAGAUCUCAUCAGGGAGGUCAUUAGAAGAGCAUGGGCUGGUGAGGACGCGAGAGCAGACUUGUAA